CAUCAUAAUGAUUAUGGUAAUAUUUCUAAAAGCUUUAUGAAUUGCACGCCUAUUGUCUUUCUAAUUUUCUGCUACAUAAAUCCAAGUGAAACGAACAUCUUAAAAUCCUUUCGUCCAUUUAUUGUGAGCAGCGUCAAUGGUGCUAAUAGAAAUGUUUACGGUGUAUUCGCUAUCCAACCUAUAAGUUACUUUGGUGAUUCCAUGUAAUAGAGCUCUGAGAAAGAUUCAUCCGAGAUGAAACUGAGAAAAUAGGUUUGUUGUUAUAUUAUUACUCCUUUUUUAAACAGAUCUUCAAACUACAGUUAUUGCUAAAAAUAGCGCGGUUGGUUCUUCAAAAAAUGCCAGAAGGUUUAUCACGAUAAUAAGGAGUUAAUGUGGAAUAUAUUAACUCUUAACAGCAUAUGGAUUUCUCCCUUUGACACGUUUUACUGCACACAGCUUAAAACGCACAAGGGAAGUUCCCCGCGUCAGUAAGAUCAACAUGAAUUCCAGUGUCACUCAAGAUUUCAAAUCCCGAAUCUUCAUCAUCACCGGGGCCAUACUGCUCUUAUUUGCAGUGCUGAUAACGAUUUCCAAUGGUUUGCUCCUGUUUGUGAUAUACAAAGACCCGCUAAAAACAUUUCGCAACCCAACCGCCGUCGUCGUCAUCUCGCUGGGUGUAGCAGACUUCCUGACAGGCUGUCUUACUGCUGUGGACGUAGGAAUAUCCCACAUCCUUGAAGGACUCGACAUCCAGAAAGUCUUACUUCAGGCUAAAAUAAUUUCCCAGAUUACUGUGCGCGGAAGUGUCUACAUCUUGACCAUGUUUGCGGUGGAGCGGUUCAUUGCCGUCGCGUUUCCGUACACGUAUCGCGUUUCGAUCACCGUGCGGAAGACCGCUAUCGGUUGCGCGUUUUGCUGGGGGCUGGCCAUCGUGACAAGUUGUCUGGAGUUAGCAGUCGAUCGGGACCUGUAUGAUAUCAUCUUCUUCUAUAUCACUUUCGUCCUUCCACUUGCCACGAUGUGUUUCACUUACUGUGCGACCUAUUACCUGAUAAAAAUAAAGGCAGGAAGGGUGUAUCGACAACGCGGCAAUAGUGAGAACAAACAUCGGGAGCGUGGCUCAACGCGGAGAGAAAAAAUGUCCAAACAGUCGGCCGAGCUGCAAAAGCAACUCAUGAAAACCGCGUCUCUUAUAAUCAUCGUUUUCGCUCUAUCUCUUGUUCCAUUUUGGUCGUUUACUGCCAUACGCCAGUAUUGCAAGGAAUGUGCUGAGAAAAAAUGGUUCCUUGCAGGUUACCGAUUUUCUAUUCCGAUCUUGUACAGUAAUUCUGCGCUCAAUCCGCUGCUAUACGCUUGGAGGAUGCGUCCGUAUCGUAGAAGCUUUCAGACUUUGUUUGGGAAGAAACAAAAUUGUGAUAGGAGAAGGAGGCGCGAGUUGACCCCUUCAAACGUUAGCUCUGUCUGAUCAUAAAUCAUUUUAUUUAUGAGACAAAAUUUUAAGUUAGAAGUCGUCUGACUAAUUUUCACCGUGCACAAAGACUAGCAAAAAGUUUACACCUUUACGAACAGUUCCGUGCUCUUAUUUAAAAAUGUCCUUGUAUUAUAACGCGUAAGUAAGUACGAAGUGGUUGGGACAUGACGUGUAAAUGGCCCAUUCAGGAAAUUCAACUGAAACCAAGCAACUAGAUGCAGGAAAUGUCUUAAAAGAAAUCGAUUUUAUGGUUUAAAAGGCCCCUACGCAAUGAUGAAAAUAAUCCUAAUUGAAAUGUUAAUGUAGAGUAGUUUAGUUUAGAUCAAAAAG